ACAUUCCCAUCGCAACACCACCGCAUUAGUCCGCAGCCAGUAUGACUUACCGGAGGCCAUUGCAAGUGUUCGAACGGAUUACCUCCGCAAACCGGUGGGUCCUGAAGCUGCUCGGCAUUGACGUCUUCAAUCCGAACUUUCGCUACUCGACGGCCACGUGGGUGAUUUGGUCGCUGGCCAGUUUCUUCAUCCUGGUCACCGGUUACGAUCUGUACCGCUUUCGGAACGACGUGUUUAACUUUGCGUUCGCGCUGGUCACCCUGGGGUACGCCGUGAUUGGUGUCUCCAGGCUGGGGUUCUUCCUGGGCAGUCCUGCGGCAUACUCGCAGAUCUUUGCCGAGAGUAAGGAAACCUACAGGCAGGAGUCAAGUGAGCGUAGCCGGGAGGUUCAGCAAAAGUACACGAUUAUGCUGAAGCAGUGUGUGAUGUUGUACAGUGGUUGCUUCCUAGGAGGAUGCAUCAUUGCUGGAGUGCUUCCGUUUGCGGUUUACUGGUGGACGGAACAGAAGGUUCUACCGUUUGGGGUGAUCCUGCCAUUUACCGACCCUGACACCAUGGAAGGUUACCAGCUGAACUACCUGUACCAGGUGAGCUGUAUCGCCUGGACUCCUCCCGGGCUGACCGCAACCCAGAACAUGUACUUUGCGUUGGUGUUCAACAUCUGCAUCCAGUACGAUGUGCUACAGCUGAAGCUGGAGGAUCUGGACAAGCUGAUCGAGGACACCGCAGAGUACUCCGUGAUUCAGCAAAAGUUGGUCGAAAUCAUCCACUGUCAGCAGCAUCUGAGCGCGUUCGUUACCGAAAUCGAGCGCAUCUUUGCGGUGCAGAUGUUCAUCGAGAUCUCCAGUAUGGCCAUGCAGAUUGUCGUGAUUUUGUUCGUCGAGCAUAUCGACCUCUGGAUUCCCGGCUACCUGGCGAUCAUCGUGGCGACCUUUCAGCUGUUGAUUUUUUGCGCGCUGGGCACCUUCAUCAGUAUCAAGGCAGACCUGUUCGCCGAAUCGGUGUACAACGUCUCGUGGCACCAGAUUCGCAUCCCGGAGCAGCAAAGCAUCAAGUUUAUGAUGGCGAAAUCGCAGCAAUCGCUGCUGCUGACGUUCGGAGGCAUGCUGCCGCUGGAUAUGAACCUGUUUUUGUCGGUUUACAGAAAAAUCUACUCAAUUUUUAUGAUGCUGCAGAACGUUUAAUAAGGAA